AUGUUGUAUUUUUAAUGCAGGUGCCACAGCUCAGGUCUACGGUCAUCAGUCUGUUCGGUCUCUUCCCUCUGUCCGCCAUGACAUCAGUCGCUAUCAGAGAGUAGAUGAGCCUCUGCCUCCUAAUUGGGAGGCUCGCAUCGACAGUCAUGGUCGCAUCUUUUAUGUGGAUCAUGUGAACAGAACAACAACAUGGCAGCGGCCUACUGCUCCUCCGGCCCCACAGACUCUACAGAGGUCCAGCUCCAUACAGCAGAUGGAACAGCUCAACCGCAGGUAUCAGAGUAUCCGAAGGACCAUAACAAAUGAUAGCAGACAGGAGGAGCAGCCAGCCAAUGAGCUGCUUGGGGAUGAGACUGAUAUGCAUCCAUCUGUUCCAGAGCUCCGGAGGGAAAACGGUGCGGCUCAGGCCAGUUCCAGAUCUCGCAUCUCCUUGCUGCUGCAGUCCCCCACCGCCAAGUUCCUCACCAGUCCUGACUUCUUCACUGUGUUGCAUUCCAACCCUAGUGCCUAUCGCAUGUUUACCACCAACACAUGUCUGAAGCAUAUGAUCAGUAAGGUUCGUAGAGAUGCACACCACUUUGAGCGCUACCAGCACAACCGUGACCUGGUGGCUUUUCUCAACAUGUUUGCGAAUAAACAACUUGAGCUGCCCAGAGGCUGGGAGAUGAAGCAUGACCACAGCGGCAAGCCUUUCUUUGUGGAUCAUAACUGCCGUGCUACCACCUUCAUUGAUCCUCGGCUGCCUGUUCAGAGCUCUCGUCCAAGUCUUCUAUCUCACCGCCAACAUCUUACCCGACAACGUAGUCACAGUGCUGGGGAGGUCAGUCCAAGGCAACUGGUGGGUGAAGAAACGCAUCACCCUGGUCCUCCAGUCUUGCCACGACCCUCUAGUACCUUCACCUCAGCUAGCAGGGGGCAGUGCCAAGAGGUUGUACCUGUGGCUUACAAUGAUAAGAUUGUGGCUUUUCUUCGACAACCAAACAUCUUUGAGAUUUUGCAGGAGAGACAGCCGGACUUCAGCCGAAACCAUGUACUCAGGGAGAAGGUCCAGCUGAUCCGCACAGAUGGCGUUUCAGGACUGACCCGACUGUCAGGAGAUGCGGACCUUGUCAUCCUGCUGAGUCUGUUUGAAGAUGAAGUGAUGUCCUACGUCCCUCCUCAUGCCUUACUUCUCCCCAGCUACUGCCAGUCACCUCGGGGAUCCCCUGUUUCCUCCCCCCAGAACUCACCAGGAACUCAGCGAGCCAAUGCCAGAGCCCCAGCUCCUUACAAGAGAGACUUUGAGGCAAAACUCCGCAACUUCUACAGAAAACUGGAAACUAAAGGCUAUGGUCAAGGCCCUGGAAAGCUAAAAGUGACUAUCCGUCGGGACCAUCUCUUGGAAGAUGCUUUCAACCAGAUCAUGUGCUAUUCCCGGAAGGACCUGCAGCGCAGCAAGUUCUAUGUCAGUUUUGUUGGGGAGGAGGGCUUGGACUACAGUGGGCCUUCUAGGGAGUUCUUCUUCCUGGUUUCCAGGGAACUGUUCAACCCAUAUUAUGGUCUGUUUGAAUAUUCAGCCAAUGACACCUACACCGUUCAGAUCAGCCCCAUGUCGGCCUUUGUAGACAAUCACCAUGAAUGGUUCCGUUUCAGUGGCCGCAUUCUGGGUCUGGCUCUGAUCCAUCAGUAUCUGCUGGAUGCCUUCUUCACCAGACCCUUCUAUAAAGGCCUUCUGCGCAUUCCCUGCGAUCUGAGUGACCUGGAAUAUCUGGAUGAGGAGUUCCACCAGUCUCUCCAGUGGAUGAAGGACAAUGAUAUAGAAGACAUGCUUGACCUCACCUUUACUGUCAAUGAGGAAGUGUUUGGACAGAUCACAGAACGGGAGCUGAAACCUGGUGGAGGGAACAUCCCAGUCUCAGAGAAGAACAAGAAAGAGUACAUCGAGCGGAUGGUGAAGUGGAGGAUAGAGCGAGGAGUCGUCCAGCAGACUGAAAGCCUGGUCAGAGGUUUUUAUGAGGUGGUGGAUGCGAGAUUGGUGUCUGUGUUUGAUGCCAGGGAGCUGGAGCUGGUCAUUGCUGGCACUGCUGAGAUUGACUUAUCAGACUGGAGGAGCAAUACUGAAUACAGAGGAGGUUACCAUGACAACCAUAUUGUUAUCCGGUGGUUCUGGGCUGCAGUGGAGAGGUUCAACAAUGAGCAGAGAUUACGACUCUUGCAGUUUGUGACAGGAACAUCAAGCAUUCCAUACGAGGGCUUCGCUUCACUGCGUGGCAGUAAUGGACCACGCAGGUUCUGUGUGGAAAAGUGGGGAAAGAUCACCUCACUGCCCAGAGCUCACACAUGUUUCAAUCGAUUGGACCUGCCACCAUACCAGUCCUUCUCUAUGUUGUAUGAUAAGCUGCUGACUGCUGUGGAAGAGACCAGCACCUUUGGGCUAGAAUGAGAUGCUGUCUUUGUCUGGCCCAGUUUUCUAUAGCACUUUUUAACCUGCUUUUGGUAAAGAGAAGAGGCCAUGCUAGAAGAGAAGACAUUGCCCUUUCGUCAGUCUUCAGCAUCCCCAAAACUGUUUUUUACUCAAAGGGUGAUUUAAAAGCCUUGAUUGGUGAAAACCUAAUGACCCAGUUUUAAAGCAUUUAGUUAAAAAGCACCGUCUGGUAACGUUCAGUGAUUGGUUGGUAGGCAACAUCAAGUCCAAGACCUCAGUCAAAAACGAGAAAGACCGAUUAGAAUAUACUUUACUACUCAGUCUGAAAAUGACUUUGCCUCAGAUAUUUUAAAUCAAGACUGAGCUUUUGAAAUGACUCCACUGAAAAAGUAAAUGCUUUAUGUUGCACUCCUAUAUUUUGCACGCUUUCACUUGUAACACUAGAGAAAUGAAGCCCUGCACUGCCUUCAGGACUGACAUCAGUGCUGCCAAGCCCUGACCAUUCAGACACCUCUUUUUACACAUUACAGAAGGGAAGUAAGUUUUUUGUUUCAAAAGCUAAGUUUUUUUUUUCUUUUUAUGGUUUGAAUGACUUAUCAAAAUACAAGACUGCCCAGCAAAAGCAAUUCCAAGUACAGCAACUAUUUGGAGCUGCCCAAUUUAGAAACUGCAUGUGUAGAUUUCAAAAGCAUUUAGAGUUCUUUAUGCUGUAUCUCAAACAUUUGUGGGAAUUUCUAAUUGAACCUAAAAGCUAACAGUUAAUUUUGGAUUCUAGUUAGGAGAUUUUGUAUUAAAUUUCAGUAUUUUCCAUGACAAUAGAGGAUUUUCUUUCUCGGAAGGAUCUGAAUGUAACCAGCCUUAGCCUUCAAAAUAAUUAAUUACCAUAUAAUUGUGUUAAUUGGUUGAAGUGAACAUUAGAUGGAAUUUGAAGUUUCUUAUGUCAUGAUGUAUAACCUCCUUUCCAUUAGAUUUAAAACUGUCUUAAUACAUCCUUCAGUGUGUUAUACACACUAUUAAUCAACUGUAAAAAAUUUGAUCUUCAACAAAGCAAAUGCUGGGAUUGCCUUUGGAAGAAAUGAGUGCAUUGUGAAUUAUUUAACAGGAAAACAAGCUACAGUUAGAGACGGACAUCAAAAGCAUUGAUUAACUGAUACAUCAAUGUAUCAGUUAAACACCGUCUGGUACAUGGUUGUCUAUAUUUUCAACCAUGUAAUUCGCUUAGAGCUACAGACAACAGCUGCAGUCUCUAAAUCUCAGGAUCAUAAGAUAUUUUCAAAAUAUAAAUGUGGAAUAAUUUUAUUUUUGAAAAGUUUGAUUUUCACUGAGAUCAAAAGUAAUAAGAAAAUUUUAUUGUUUUAGGAAAUGUUUAAUUUCAUCCUGUCACAGCCAUGUUGUGAGAAGAAGCAAACAUAUUUAAUUCCAACUUUAUGAGCAAAAGUACACUUGAAGUUCAUCAUUCAAUUUGUGGAGAAAAUCAUCCACAAACUAAAAUCUUUAAAGUGGCUAUGUCAUUUGAAACCCUUCUUUUUCAUAUCCAAAUACUUCUCUUAUAAAGUAGACCUGCAAUGCUUUGGUCUGAAUUACUCAUUUUAGCUCCACAUACCCUGUUCUGAAGCACCUUUUAAAGCAACUUGUUUUGCGGUUUGUUUUCUCGGGGGGCGGGGGUUAAUGUGUAUUAGACAUUUCAUGCCCUGCUCCUUCUUCCUUCAUUGUGUGUUCCACUCCACGCCAUUCUGCCCUGUUUGUAGUUUUGAUUCCAGCAAUACAGUUAUUUACCAAUAGAUACACUUUUUAUUCCCAAGUUUAUUAAAGGUGUCAACAACAGAAGAUUUGCCCAUCCAGCCUUCCAUGCUGGAGCCAGAGUCUGACCCGGAGCAGGAUAAUGGGGAAAACAAACCACCAGAGCCUUUCCUUCAGAUGAAUACAUUGCAAUGGUGUAAUUUUCUAUUUACACUUUCUCCAUCCAUACCAACUACCUACAAUAUGGAGCGUAAUUUAACCAUAAUGUCCAUGCAUGUCAUUAAAAUUCUAAUGCAACCAACAAUAUUGAUAAAGUCAGCAAAUGCUCGACAUAAUUAAUGAGUUAGCUAACAGGAUGUGUUCUCCAAGA